CUUCAAUCAACAGUGUAACCCAGAAAACAACAAGAAAUGAAGAAAAGAAAAUGAAAAGAAUCACAACGGGUAAAUAUCCUGGUAGCCUGAAUAUUUAAGAUUGUAUCAUCAUCCUCAUCAUAAAACAUGGAAUAUGAUCACAGCGAAGAAAAAUUGACUUUAUUUUAUUACAAUUGGUUGCACACGAAAAGAUGUUUUCUAUCAAUAAAUCUCUCCACAUAAAUAAUACAAUAGUUUGGCUGGUUUUUUGUUUUGUUUCUAUUUCAAUGAUUUUGGGCAAAAAUGAAUAUACGGUCAUGUCAUUUUCUCUUUUUUGGUGUUUGGCAACAUUUUCCUUUUGACGAAACGAAUUUAAAAUCUUGAAAUCAAUCACACACCUUAAAUUUGAAAGAAAAGGGAAAAAUCGACACACAUGAACCUGAACAUUUAAGUAUGUCAAUCAUUGUGUUCUGUUUGUCUAUGUGUUGGAUGAAGAAUACACUAUCAUUAUCAUCAUGGGAUUUCUUUCAGGUUGAAAAAGGUAAAAACACUAGAUCGUCAUUUGUCAUUCAUUCAACAUGACUGGAUGAUUUGUUUCGAUUUUUGUUUCUCUGUUUCGCGUUUUCAAUUAUCUUGAUUACACAUUCGUUUCAGCAAAAGAAAGGAAAAAUUACUAUUUACCUAAUUCGGUUAACACCGCAUUGGUUGUGAUUAUCACCAAUUCGUAUGUAAAGAAAAAGUGUUGCAAAUUUCACUUGAUUCCAUUCGAUACAUGAACCAUUCUGAUGGGAAUCCUAAUUAAUCCUAAUUCAUCAAUAAUUGUCGUGAUAUUAUCAUCAUCAUUUUUAUCAAUAAUAAAUGAAUCGACAGCUAUUCAUUACGGUGGCCAUCAUCGACAAAAACAACAACAACAACAACAACAUCAUCAUCAUCAUCAUCAUGGAACCAGACAUUAUCCCAAAUGCAUGCAUGACGAUUGGCACACAAACACACCAUCAUUACGAUCAUCGACAAAAAUACCAUUCAUUUGGCCACAUGAUAUUACAACAUUAGACUCGAAUCAUGACCAUCAUGACCAUCAUCAUCACGAGGAAUUGACACCAUUACGACUGGAAUACACAUUACCACCGGUAUUUGAUCAACGACAAAUCAUACUAAAUGAAGAGGACAUAUUUGAGCCACACACAGAUAUACAGAAUACUAAUAAAAAUACAUUGAUGGCACCAUAUCAACAAUUUACAUCAUCCAUCCAUCAUCAUCAUCAUCAUCAUCACAAACAUCGACCUCGUCAUCUGGUUGGGACGACGCUCCAAAUUCCAAUAUAUUUCGAAUUGAAAAAAUUUCAUCAAAUUUGAAAAAGAAAAGAAAGAAAAUAUUCGACAAUAGCCAUAAUCAUCAUCAACAAAAACCAAUGAUGAAACAAGUUUAUUAUCCGGAAAUUUUGUCACCAAACUAUUCGAAAGUGAAUAAAAUUAUUGUGAUUGAAGAAACCGAUGUUACUGGUGAUAAACAUAACAACAACAAUGGCUCCGAUCUGUUUAUCGAUUCGAAUGUAACCAAACAGAUUGUACAAUCCAUACUGGAUUCAAACCGUGGUUUUAAUGAUAAAAAUUCCAACAAGAAUUAUCAAGAAAAAUCCAAUGAUUAUCAUCGAUCCGAACCAACAACACAACCAUUACUACUGUCAACCAUGAUUUAUGAUCAUCCACUACGUCAAUCAUUACCGCCGAUAUCAACAAUCAAAGAUUUACAUGAUCGACUGAAUGAGACAUUGCUGUUACGAAAUACUGAUUUUGGUAAUGUUACAAUCGAAUUGGCCAACAAUAACACUGGCAGUGAUUAUUAUCAUAAUUUGACAAUGAUUACACCAUAUAAAAGUUAUAAUCUCUCUACGAUAACAUUUCAAACAAACACCAGUAAUGAUCCAAGUUCCAUGACAUUUGUCAAUGAUCAAUUGACGAUGAAAAAUACCCGUUGGUUACCACCACCACCACCACCACCACCACGACAAACAAACCAAUCGAUUCCAAUCAACAAAUCAUCCGACGAACAAUUAGUGUCCAGUGGAAGCACAAAUCAAGAAUGGUUAUCGUCAACAACUUCACCACCAGUGUUUUAUUUUACCAGUGAACGUGAUGCUGUAUUGUUACCGACACCACCGACCAUGGUGUCCACACGUCCAUCAACAUUCUAUCAACGAAAAUCAAAUUCAAAAAGUUUUCAUCAUCAUCACAAUCCUCGUCAACAACAGGAACAGCAUAAAAAUGGUGAUCAUUUCGAUACGAUCAAAACGAAUCAACAGGCAGAAUUGGAUAUUGGCAAAUUGGGCAGUAUAAUCAUUGCUUUCUGCAUAUCAAUACUGAUGUUGAUUGGUAUCAUAGUGAUGUUUCUACAUAAGGAUUGUUUUUCCAAUCAUUUUCUUCCCAAUAACAAUGUCCGAAAUGUACAAACAUCUUCAUCUGAUAAUCAUGAAAAUGAUAAUCAACCGCAAUCAGCCAGUUUUGACAAUCAGCAAUCAACAAUGGAAUCUAUGAAUCAGUCAACGGCUGACCCUACUAAUCAGUCGCCACCAGCACCAGCACCACCACCGCCACCACCACCACCACCAGCGCCAGCACCAAAACCAAGUCAACAUAGGAUACAACAAAUAAUGGGCAUUAAAAGUAUUGGCGAUUUCAAUGAUAAAAAAUGUCGGCAUUAUUUUUCUCGAGCACAUCGAUGGGUUCCUAAACGGCCUCCAUUACCGACGGAUCUUGUUUAUUGA